AUGAGUGACAACUCGGACACGAACGUGAACAUGCAGGACCAUGAUCAACAAGUUGCAGAUUCUGUGGUCGUUCCGCAGCCAACUGCCACUAAAGAUGAGAAUACUAAUAACGACGAUGCUGUUGACAGUAGCACUGCCAUUGCAACAGGAAGCAAAGAACAUGUAGAAAGUACGAGCAACAUUUCCCUCCCAGAUAAUGAAAAAGAAGAAAAAGUUGAGUCUCAGCAACCCAACAAUAGCGUAGAAACAGUAGCCCCAGAGCGGGCGUCAUCUAGCGAUAAGUCUGCUUCUUCCAUGUCUGCCACAGAUAGUGCGUCAGAGACCCCAAACCCAGGUUCAUCAGAAACAAAUGAAACGGUCAAGGAGGAAGAGACCUCUGAUGAAAGGAAGAGACCUCGGGAGGAGGAAGUCAAGAACAGCGAUGGCAAUAACAAAGAUGAUGAAGACGAUGAUGACGACGAUGAUGAUGAUGAUGACGAUGAGGACGAUGAUGAAGCCCCAACUAAGAGGCGUCGUCAGGAGAGGAACAGAUUCCUGGAUAUCGAAGCUGAGGUUAGUGAUGAUGAAGAUGAAGAUGAAGAUGAAGAGGAUUCAGAGUUGGUUCGUGAGGGUUUUAUUACCCAUGGUGAUGAUGAAGAUGAUGAACCAAAUACUCCCAGUGCAAGAAGAGACGAUAGGUUACAUAGACAACUUGACCAAGAUUUGAACAAGAGUUCAGAAGAAGAUGCUCAAAGAUUAGCGAAAGAAUUGAGGGAACGUUACGGUAGAAGUAGUUCCAAGCAAUAUCGUGCUGCUGCGCAAGAUGGUUACGUGCCACAAAGGUUUCUUUUGCCAAGUGUUGAUACGGCUACCAUUUGGGGUGUACGCUGUAGGCCAGGCAAAGAAAAGGAAUUGAUUCGUAAAUUACUGAAAAAGAAGUUCAAUUUGGAUAGAGCCAUGGGUAAAAAAAAGCUAAAAAUUUUAUCUAUUUUCCAAAGAGAUAAUUAUACAGGAAGAAUAUAUAUUGAAGCUCCUAAACAAUCUGUUAUCGAAAAAUUUUGCAAUGGUGUUCCAGAUAUUUACAUUUCUCAAAAAUUGCUAAUUCCAGUUCAAGAAUUACCUUUGUUAUUAAAACCAAAUAAAUCUGAUGACGUUACAUUGGAAGAAGGAAGUUAUGUACGUAUUAAGAGGGGUAUUUACAAAGGCGAUUUAGCGAUGGUUGACCAAAUUAGUGAGAAUAACUUAGAAGUUAUGCUGAAAAUUGUUCCUCGUUUAGAUUAUGGUAAAUUUGACGAAAUUGACCCAACUACCCAGCAACGUAAAUCUAGAAGACCCACAUUUGCUCAUAGGGCUCCACCACAACUGUUCAAUCCAACAAUGGCUUUGAGAUUAGAUCAAGCUAAUCUUUACAAAAGAGAUGAUCGUCACUUUACUUAUAAGAAUGAAGAUUAUAUCGAUGGCUAUUUAUACAAGUCUUUCAGAAUCCAACAUGUAGAAACCAAAAAUAUUCAGCCCACCGUAGAAGAAUUGGCAAGGUUUGGCUCGAAAGAGGGCGCGAUGGAUCUAACAUCAGUCUCUCAGUCAAUAAAGAAGGCUCAAGCUGCGAAGGUUACUUUUCAACCAGGCGAUCGUAUCGAAGUUCUAAACGGUGAACAACGUGGUUCUAAAGGUAUCGUAACAAGAACUACAAAGGAUAUCGCCACUAUCAAACUUAAUGGUUUCACGACUCCUCUGGAAUUUCCUAUCUCCACUUUAAGAAAAAUUUUUGAACCUGGUGAUCAUGUUACUGUCAUCAAUGGUGAACAUCAAGGUGAUGCUGGUUUAGUUCUUAUGGUAGAACAGGGCCAAGUAACCUUUAUGUCAACUCAAACAAGUAGAGAAGUUACCAUUACAGCAAACAAUCUAUCUAAGUCUAUUGACACUACGGCUACAUCAAGCGAAUAUGCAUUGCACGAUAUAGUGGAAUUGAGUGCUAAGAAUGUCGCGUGUAUUAUUCAGGCUGGACACGAUAUCUUCAAGGUUAUUGAUGAAACAGGUAAAGUGUCGACGAUUACCAAGGGCUCUAUCCUGAGCAAAAUAAACACUGCCCGUGCACGAGUUUCUAGUGUUGAUGCAAAUGGUAACGAAAUUAAAAUUGGUGAUACGAUAGUAGAAAAAGUAGGCUCUCGUAGGGAAGGCCAAGUACUAUACAUACAAACGCAACAAAUUUUCGUUGUCUCGAAGAAGAUUGUUGAAAAUGCCGGGGUUUUUGUUGUUAAUCCUAGUAACGUUGAAGCUGUAGCGUCUAAGGAUAAUAUGCUAAGUAACAAAAUGGAUCUAAGCAAAAUGAAUCCGGAAAUCAUUUCUAAAAUGGGACCUCCAUCUUCUAAAACGUUCCAACAACCUAUUCAAUCAAGAGGAGGUCGUGAAGUGGCCCUUGGUAAAACAGUUAGAAUUCGCUCCGCAGGUUAUAAAGGUCAAUUAGGUAUUGUGAAAGAUGUGAAUGGUGAUAAAGCUACCGUCGAAUUGCAUUCCAAGAAUAAACAUAUUACAAUUGAUAAACAUAAACUAACAUAUUAUAACCGUGAAGGUGGUGAAGGUAUUACGUACGAUGAAUUGGUUAAUAGACGUGGUAGAGUUCCACAGGCCAGGAUGGGUCCAAGUUAUGUUAGUGCGCCAAGAAAUAUGGCUACUGGUGGUAUUGCUGCAGGUGCUGCUUCUAACUCUCCAGGUCUUGGCGGUGGUAUGACACCAGGAUGGAGUUCGUUUGAUGGUGGUAAAACUCCAGCUGUAAAUGCGCAUGGUGGCUCAGGUGGUGGUGGCGUCUCUUCAUGGGGCGGUGCUUCCACAUGGGGUGGCCAAGGUAAUGGAGGUGCUUCCGCUUGGGGAGGUGCUGGUGGUGGUGCCUCAGCUUGGGGCGGCCAAGGCACAGGCGCUACUUCCACUUGGGGUGGUGCUUCAGCCUGGGGCAACAAAUCAAGUUGGGGCGGUGCUUCCACUUGGGCUUCAGGCGGUGAAUCUAACGGUGCCAUGUCUACUUGGGGUGGUACCGGCGACAAAUCAGCUUACGGUGGGGCUUCCACUUGGGGAGGUAACAACAAUAAUAAGAGUACAAGAGAUGGUGGAGCUUCUGCUUGGGGUAACCAAGAUGAUGGAAAUAGAUCUGCUUGGAACAAUCAAGGAAAUAAGUCUAACUAUGGUGGUAAUAGUACUUGGGGAGGUCAUUAA